UAGGAACCGAAUGAUCACCUCAUUUCCACACUAUUAUUGUAAUUACAUAUUGUAUUGUCGACGUGAUAAACUAUAAGAAGCAGCGUGACCACGAGAAGCAUCAGUUUAUAGCAGAAGUUUUCACCGGCAGGCAAACUUAAGCCGACUGAGAAGAAGGCAAAGAAGCAUGAAGUGCCUGUGCUUCUUCCUGUUGGUGAUCACAGUCUUUGUUGCAUCGGAAAAUCCUGAUGAGAAUUUAGGUGUGGAUAAUAAGGAAUUGUUCGAGGGAGAUAUGAUUCUCCCUCCCCAUGUCCUCUAUAAAGCAGAGCACGGAAUGGAUGUUGAUAGCUCCCGCAAAAGAGCAUCCAUCAGACGCGGACUAUGGCCGAAAGGAGAAGUCCCUUUUGCCGUCUUUAAUGGCCUUGGUAGAAGUCCGGAGCUCAGGAAUGCAAUUAGGGCCAUAAUUGCAGGAAUGAAUGAAUGGAGAAGAAAGACAUGCAUCCGUUUUAAGAGGCGAACAAAUGAAAGAGACUACGUAAUAUUUGCUUUACGCAGUGGAGGGUGUUAUUCAAAUGUAGGCAGAAAAGGAGGCCGUCAAAUUAUAAACCUUGGAAGUGGAUGCCGUACUCUAGGAAUUGUUGCUCAUGAAAUCGGCCAUGCUAUUGGAUUCUAUCAUGAACAGUCUCGUCCCGAUAGAGAUCAGUUUGUUACAGUGCUGUUCCAAAAUGUACAAGCAGGGACAAGGCAUAAUUUUAACAAGUACCCAAGGUCAGUCAUUGAUUCUCUCGGCACCCCUUAUGAUUACCGGAGCGUGAUGCAUUACGACGACAAAGCGUUCAGCAAGAACCCCAGACUUCCAACCAUAGUAACGAAAGACAGGAGGUAUCAAAAUGUUAUUGGCCAGAGGAUUGGUUUAAGUCCAAUUGAUGCACGGCAAGCGAACCUUUUGUACCGAAGUGAAUGUGCAAAAAGAGGAGGUGGAGGAGCGGUUUGUCGAGACAGAUGGAGAAGUUGCCAACGGCGGCCAAUACAACACUGCAGGAAUUCUAUAGUUAGGAGAUACUGCAGGAAGCGAUGCAACCAAUGUAGUUAGCCGAGAACGAGAUUGCAUUCCGUCCUAAGCUCUUGUGUAUCAAGCGAGGUUAUUAAAAUUCUUUUACCUGUA